UAUUGUUUUAUGUACAGGGAAAAUCGCCACCGUUUAAUAUAUUGUUAAGUAUCAUGAAUGCUCAUUCAUACAACAUUGAAAUAGUUGUGGAGUGUGGGCAAGUUGAGGAAUCUGUUCUUGGGAUAUUUCAUUCAAUCCUUCUUCACCGAUCAACUGGAAAGUUUCAUUACAGACAUGAAGGAACGUAUUCUGUUGGAACCGUCGGGACAAAUGACGUAGAUUGUGAGUUUGUGGAUUUUACUUAUGUAGCGGUUGCUUCAAAUGCACUGGACGCGAUCCUACGCAAGCAUGUUGGUGCGUUUCGUGAACAAUUGGAACAAAAAUCCAUCAACGGAGUAGCAGCGGGGACUAUUAGCCUUGAAUUCUUCCAGAAACGUAGAAAUCGUUGGCCGUUUAAUGAUGAAUGCGUUCCCUGGGAAGUAUGGAACUUGCAAGUUAUUGAACGAGUCUUGUCGUCCGAAAACGAACGUGUUGUAGCUCGUGAAACCGCUGGAGCACGGCUAGCUGAGAAAGUUGCAUCCAUUGUUGAAGCGGUCGGCCGCCAUGAGUUUGUGCCCAAGAUGCCAACACAGUCUGACUUGUCGCUUGUGUUUGAAACUUCUUUAGCUGACGUACAACCUUACCUGUUUAAAGUUUACCACACGUUUGGAAACACAGGAUUUAAUGGAACGAGUAGCAACCCAAAUACUGUUGGUUCAACUGUUCGACGUCUGUUUCGAGACACGCUGACUUUGUAAAUAUAUUUUCUGCCUGUUGAUCUAAUGCACUUGUUUAUUUCUUAUUCUGCCUGUUAAUAUGUAUACAGAUCUAAAUAUCUAUGUUUGUAUUUUGUUAAACAUGUUAUACAGCUUGAUGUACUGUGUUUAUAGUUAAACUACAACUUUCUCUAUUUAACCGGUAAAUUUUGAUGUUCUUUUUAACUGAUUAGUCCAGUCUUUUAUAAGGAAACCAAAUAUUAAGCAAAAAUUAAUUCACAUCUAUGACAAUCUAAUUUAGGGAACUAGGUGUACUACUUAAUAAAAUUGCAUUUUAUCAAUAACCUGUGGCUGUGUACACCUUUAUCAUUAGCCUGGUAGUGUGGUGGCUGCAAUAUUUCUUGACGAUUUUUAAUUGUAUGGACAGGCUGUAUCGUAUGCUGGUCUGAACAAGCAUAUUUUGCCGUUAAACUAAGCUACAACAACAACUUUAUUGCUUACAUAAAGAUAAAGUGUGAUGGACUUACUAAUCACAUGUAUUAUCACACACUGUACUUUAAUUCUGUUAUCUCUUUUUGUUAAAAUUCGGUUUAUUGUUGAGAUAAUGGAGCAGUUGUACGAAUAUAUUAUAUUUGUUUGUCGGCUUUUUCUUUUGUAUUUUUUUCCUCACACAGUGUUAUAAACAUAGUUAUGUGGUUACCUGGCUAUCUUUUAUUUGUUUUAAGAUACAUUGAUUUAUCAUUAAUACUGAGCGAUUAAUGUUAUGCAAUAAGGUGUAAUAUAUUCACAUUUCUCCAAUAUUUUACUCAACAACAUUUUGCCCGAUAUUUUAUUUUGACGUUUCUUGUUAAAG